ACGACACACCACAGCUGAGUGCAACUAGUGCCACACUAUAACUACAGGUUGAGCAGUGGGUGAAGGAAAGGGAGGCAGAGGAAGAAGAAGAGUGACUGCUGCACACCUGAUGUACUGGAGUUUGAAAAAGGGACUGUGCAGCAUAAAAGGUCCACAGAUUCCAGUAAAGAAGUCACGAUGCGGUGAUAUGUGGACAUGAUUCCUGAGGGCUUUGGAAGUGAUACAGCCCCACAACGUCAGAGAGCGCCAACAUACAACGGCAGAGUGUAAGCGGACGGGCCUGGGGUCUGUGCUGCUCCACAGCCCUCCCUGUCUGUAAAGUGUGCCGAAUACGUCUCCACUCAGUGGCGUUUAUGCGUCCCAGCUCCCAUCUGCCGUACCUAAAUGACACAAGGAGGAAAAGACUGAGACAAACGGCUACAAUCAUGAGUCUUUUGCUUGUGUUGGCUUUACAGAAAAACCCUUAAGGUCUGCUUUGCUUCAGUGCCUAAACCGUGGUCCACCAUGAGGAUAAAGAGAUGAGCUUGCAGCGAGCAGCCCUGUCCCUGCAGUUCUUGCCACUGGAUAUUUACUGAAUCCCAUUGUGCAGAAGAUGUUGUCCCUGUUUCCCAGAUAGUGAUUCUGAGGACCAGGCCUUCACAGCACUGACUGGGCACCAUGGCAGGAGAGACUCAGCAAAUGCAUACAGUCAAAGAGCUGGAUGCUGAGUCCAAACAAAAGGAUGAAGGGACUGUCCUGGAAAAGCAGAGUGAUAAAACCACAAAGUCAUCUUCGGAGCACUUAUCAACCAAAGGCACUGAGGCUGGGCUCAGCACUGAAGGGACCAAGACUGAAACAUUAGAGAAAGAAAAGGACUAUCCUCAGCAGCGUGAAGCUGUCAUAAGGCCACAGCAGACGGGGAAGAUUGACUUCAGUUCACUGCAGAACAGAUCAAAAUUUGUCACUGACAGGACUUGGUCGGCUGGAAAAGGCAGUCCCCAGUCACCGAGUGGAAAGAGCCGUAGCCGAGAGAAGGGGAAACGGUCAGGAAAGACAGAGCGUGGCAACCCUCAGCAGCUGUACAGACUAAGCAUUACAAAUCCACGCACCAUAGGCAUAGCCUACCCACAACAGAAGGUUCUGCCACCCAAGAAGCUGGAACCUAGCCGUGGCCCAGUGUCGGGCAGCUACAGCUUCAACGUUCCCAUCAUGCCAGAAAGAAAGGUCGAGCUGCAGCAGCAAGAGCUGAGCUACAGCCACUAUUUCCAGGAGAAUCCCUCUAACAUUAUCUCCCCAAGCUAUACCUCACAGGCACUGGGUUCCUCAAGUGGAACAUCAUCACACUUACACCCACCCCUGUCACAGCAACAAGCAUCAAUGGAGAGUAAAAGCACACAGCCUGGAAGUCAGCUGAUAAUUUCUGAGUGCCCACUUACUGGCUCGAAUGUAUGGCAGUCUCCUGAACAGAGCUAUAGUAGUGCUAAUUAUGGGAUUUCAUCACAAAAAUCAACUGCCCUUUCGGAAACCAGUAACACCAGUACAUUUGUGCCUUCUCAGUUUCAGUAUGGAUAUAAUUUACUAGAGCAAUCAAACCCUGAAUCUUUUGCCUCUGAUCAGAACCUUCAACCACACAUAACCCACAGCUCUUUUUCCUUUUCAUCUGGAAAUGGGCAAAACUCUUCUCAGAACAGCUCACCAUUCAAUAUUGACCAUCAGUCAGAUAGAAGCUCUUAUUCCAACCCCGAAGAGCCCCAAUUUAUUCAGGGGGUGGCAUCAUCCAUCCAGUGUUCCAGAACUGUGACUGAAGACUCACCGAGCAGUGACAGCUCGGGUUCUAGCUCACAGCAGUCAGAACAGGGAAAGACUGCUCUACCUGUGAGCUCAGACACAAGUUCUCAGGCAGAUUGUCAGGAUGCAGCCAUCACAUCAGGGAGAAAGAGAAACUGUCACCCCAAAGAUGCAGCUGCCAGCCAGAGAACACUCAUACAGGCUGGUGUGCCCACAAGAAAUAUUUCACAGACUCCAGGCUCCCCAAUGCAUUUCACCAACAGAACAUUUAACAAUCCUGUAGCCAACAGCAUCACCACGGGUGCAACACCUUUUGAUAAAUCCAUCAGCACUAAGGUCGUGAGCAGGCCGCCACACUCAUGGGAGGGGCCUAAUAAAACAUAUUCAACAGCAGAUCAAAACACCGUCCAGUACCCUGUUAUGAGUGAGAAGUUUCAGUUCCAGAAUCAGACAGCCAUAGACCAUCGGCCAAAUUCAUCUAAAAACAAUAGAGUGCCUUGGCAGCACAUGCGACCAAAUUCUGCAAUGCCAAACCUUAACAGGAUAGACUCAUCAAGGCAAAUUAACAAUCAGAAAAUGGCCUAUAUGGUCUCUCCAGCUGACUGGCAGGAUGAGAGUGAAGUGCACAAGCAUAACUUAUUCCAGAGCACCAGAAGCAGUGGAGUGCUGUUAAACCAAAAACAUGAAAACAUAAAACAAAACAACUCCGCAGUCUCAGCUUUCAAACUGGAAAUGACCCACACACAGCUGUGCGAGGCCAAGAAUAAGUCAGUGUACUUUGGACUCAAUCAGACUACUUCAACAGCUAAAUCAAGAAACUAUAGCUAUCCACCACCACAAGUUCCACCCAUGGGGCUUUUAAAGGUGUCGCCGUAUGAGUCUCCUUUGCCUUCUCCAGUCCAUAACCCUCAAUCCAGUAGCACAUGCUCUUCCCUCUCGCCAACAUCCACAAGUCCCAUUAAUAUGGCCACAGAAGACGGUCCGAUGUCAAAGACAGCCUCACAUCACCUGUUCUAUCAGGAGCCACAGGCCAAAGCUAAGUUACAAUCUGAUCACAUGAGCACACACUCCCAACCGUUUCCUUCUGACAUUCCAAGAAGCCUUCCCUACAUGCCAGACAGGACCAAAGACAAUACAAUAAGCUAUCUGCAAAACGGCACACAUCCAAAAACACCCCUGGACAGUAGUAAAGAUUACAUGGACAGUUUUGGUGUUGAGCACCAUCAGCCUCCUCCUCCAUAUUCAGCACAUCCCCUCUUAUCCAGCUCACUUGCCACUGCAAAUCUUGAUCAGUUGGAUGUGCUCCUGACAUGCAAACAGUGUGAUCAGAAUUUCAGCAACUUGGUCUCUUUUUUAGGCCACAAGCAGUACUGCACUCAAAACACACUUGCCCAAAACGAACUCAAAGAUUUGUCAAAGAUGGAGGAAAACAGGAAGUUCCAGGUAGAACCAGUCAAAGCUGCAUUAGCCAUGUCAAAUACUUCACUCUCAAGGUGUCCAUCUGAUCUUCAUUUGUCAUUGUUGGGUCUUAACAAAAAUGGAGAACUGAUAUCUGAGAGUGAAGGUAAAGGAGACAAUAAGGAUGACCUGCUGAAACUGGGUUUGUUAUCUGGUCCCAAUACCAUUCCUAUCUCCCUGCCAGAGCUGGAGAUGGAGGAUGCCAAGUUAGACAGCCUAAUAACAGAAGCUCUGAAUGGGCUUGGAUAUCAGUCAGACAAUGCAGAGAUAGACAGCAGCUUUAUUGAUGCAUUUGUUGAUGAUGAUCUCAUCACUGUCAAAACAUCAUCAACCAAACAGUCUCUAAAAGCAAAAGAAUCUACACUUCCCCCAAGCAAAAAUAAACAUGGAGCAGAUAAAAAGUUAUUUGCACAAGAAAAGUGUUACGACUCUGAUUCUGAGAGUAAAGAGAAAAAAGCUAAACGUUUUCAGAAAGAUGAAAAAGAUGUUAAAAAGGAUGGCUACCCCAAAAAUUCAAAAGAAUUCACUAGUGAAACAUCUUGGGAACAAGAGAGUAAAGUGAAUGAGACUGGAAAGAUGUGUAAAAGUGGGGACAACAACAUGAGCCCAGAAAGGUUUCUCUUAUCUGGCAAGUUUUCCCAGCACUGUGGUUUGAAAAGCUUUCAGGACAGCCCUGCGCUUAGGGGGUCAGCAGCUUCGCAGGCCUCCACAUCUCCAACCUCGAGAGCUGCAGCUAAAGAAAGCAAGAGGAAAAGCACUGGAGGGGGCACCUGGAGCAAAGAACUCAUCCACAAAAUAGUCCAGCAAAAAAAUAAACUCCACAAGCUUCAUGUUAAAGGUACCAAAAACCUCCAGUUCUCCCUAGUGAUGGAGCGGCUCACUCCAGCAGUGCAGAAUCCCGCAGUUGGCGAAUAUGAUUAUGUAUCCGACUCAGAAGAUGAGUGUGAGCCUGUGAAGAUAGCCAGCCAGGGCCGGCUGAAUCAAAGCAGUCGCUGUAAAUACACCUACACCAAACAGUGUAAAUGGAGAGCAAGAAGUGAGAGAGAGCAAGCAGCAUGGAGGCACAAAUCCAAAGAGUGCAUUGAAAUGAAGAAAAGUGAAGAGCUGUCUCUCACACCAGAGAAACACCAGAGACUCAGGAGGCGAGGCAGCAGGUCGUCCACGAGCAGUGAACUCAGCACCUCUGUGAGCCCCAAAAGCGCUGACCGCACUGACUCAGACAAUGAGAGAAAGAACGAGUCCCCAGAGCAAAAAAAACAUAAUAAAUCCACUCCGCAGAAGCUUUUUAAAGAGUCCAGCACCCUUGCACUGACAUUCACUAAAUCUGUCAAGAAAUAUAAUAUCGACAAGACAACAUAUUCUGAUAACAAAGGAAUUACAGAAGACCCACAGAAGUUCUCAAAUCCAGAAGUUCCUGAUUUGCUAACGUCCCCACAAAAAGGGGGAGAGUCAGUGAGGAACUAUGAAAAAAGAAGAACCUCUCAGGCCAAAUCAAGAGACAAACUUGUGCCUCGUAAAAAGGAAAGUUCAGUUGGCAACACUCUGAAGAGUAUGGACAAACCAGACAGCACCACAGAUAACAAAACUGUGGAGGUUGAGUCAUCCUCUUCUGGUAUUACAGGAGAAGCUGAUUUUAAUGUGGACAAAAACACAAAGAACGAGAUGGGUGAGGGGCCAAAAGCCACACAGCUCCAGCUAUCAGGCACUGCCACAUUGGAGAAACAGAGUGAGAAUGCCUGCAUGGUGAAAGAGGCAAUUAUUUUGGUCAAUGACCUAGACGUUCACAGACCCACAUCUCUUUGUACAUCUUUGAUGGAUGAGAUGUGCUUGUCCCCAACUGGAAAUCACAGUCCGCUGAUACAGAAAGAUGCACUCCACCUUAUGCCCUACCCCAUGGAUCAGGAGCAAGGUCUUAUCAAAUCUCCACUUUCCUUUGACACUGCCUCCAUGUUUGGGGACCUAGGAGGGUUUGACAGUGGCCUUUACUCCGAGUUGCCCAUACAAAAAGACAGUUUCCAUUCAGUGGAAAGCACAGCUGACAAAAAGGAGUUGUUUGUCUCUUCUUUUUCUCCGUUUAUUGAACAGAGAGAUUGGAACCUCAUUGUAAAUCCCAUGCUACGCAAUGAGCUAUCUCAGUACAAAGGUAUUUCUGAGAAAUCAAAUGAGAAGAAGACAGAUUACGCUCACAUCCCAUUGUCACUUCCAGAGAAAAUAAUUGACUACAGUGCAAAUCUCAGCAGCUGUGCAUCAGAAGAUGAGCUGGAGAUAAAGAGAAUAGUCAAUGAGCUUGAAAAUCAGCUUCAGACAAAUAAGAUGGAAACCCUAGCCCUCCAGCAAGCCCCAAAGCAACUGCAAAUUAGCAAAUUUUCAUCUUUACGGAUUGCUGAGAACUCUGAGUGUGAAAGCAAAAGGUUGAACAUUAAAUGCUCAGAUCAAACAGUCAACCAUUCAGAAAUUUUAACCCAAUCAGAUCUCCCAUGGUCCAGCACAUUCCAGUUUGACUUGGGUGAAAAUCACAGCCCUCACACUCAGAUUCACGGUAAAGAAGCAGAACUCCAUUCUGACCAGAAAUUAGACCAGAGGAAGGUUGAAAAGGAGACUCCUGCAGAAACAAAAGAAGACAUUUUAGAGCAAAGAAGAUACACUGAAAAUCUCAUGAAAAGCUUAGAGGUGAUUUCAGACUCUAUCUUUCAAAAAGAACCUGUUGUAUCAGAGAAGGAGCCAAAUGUCAACUCUCCUAGUCAACGACACGAACAGGCAGAAUGUCAGGCCCCUGAUGCAGCUGAGAGGGAAGCUUGCUACAAAAAAGAAGCAAUCAACAGAAAUGAUAGUGUUUUGUCCUUUCAAAAUAUCAUUGAACAGCAGCAUGAAAAUGAAAUAAUUCUUGACGAGUCACAGAUAUCUGUCCACAAUGACACUGACCCUUCAUCUGAAAGCAAGAAGCCAGUUACCUUGCAACAGCAUGAAUCCACAAAUAAUGAGCAAAAUGCCAGAACCAAAGUUGCAUCAGAUGUAAUUUCUGCUAGCUGCUCAGUCAUCAGUGAAAGAGAGAAUUUUAACAGUUUGACUGAAAAUAAAAGUGAUUGCAGAGAAGUUUGUGAGGAACCAGAGGCAGCAGAGCAGAUUACUUAUCAAACUAAGAGCCAACAUUCUUCACCUGCUCCAGGUGACCCCACUGAGGAGAAUGGCCAGAAAAUGGCAGAUGUGAUCAAAGCAGACCUGGAACAACAAUACACUAAUGACAUUACCAAUCAUGAAAACAUUAGUGCAUCACAAGCUGUUGAGUUGAAAAUUGCUGAAAUUACUGAGACAUCAAAACAAGGAAAUUUGAUUGCAAUCUCUUCCUCUGAAAACCUCAGCUCUUCAAAUGCAUACUGUAAAUCAAAUGUGUCUUUGGAUAUGGUUAAUAAAGAUAAGCCCUGCAAUCUUGGGCUGUUCAAAACCAAUCCAGAAAGAUGUGGCUCACCCCUCCGUGACUCCCAAUCUGCAGAGGGACAAAGCAAUCUGUUGAUCCUGUCACAGUCUGACGACAUCAUUUAUGGCAAUUCCUGCAAAGUGACUCAGUUUAAUGAGCCGUUAAAAACUGAAGCAGGGCUUGUAUUUGCCAAGCAAGAGAAGAUUCUGAAUGUUCAAGACAUCAAAGACCAUCUUCCUGUUGAUUUCAUGGCAAGCCAGCAGAACUCCCCAUGCAGAAAGGCAGAUGAAGAAAUCCCCUGCACCUUUUUGGACACUGCCUCACCACCAAGUCCUAUUUUAUCUUCUCACCAAACUCCUACACAGAACUGUGACUCAAAAACAGAUUUACUUUUAAUAGGUAACGACAGCAUUAAACUAAUUGACCAAUGCCCUCAAAAUGCUCCUUCAAUCAAGGAUAACAAAGAGGCAACAAACAAUAAUUCAAUAGAAGGAGUGGCUGAGAUGGACUCUUCUCUAAUGAGCUCACCUUCACUGGAAUUCACAAUGAUCUCAUCAACUAAAACUGUCAGUUUAUCUCCAGUUCCAGAGAGAAAUACAGCAGAACCGCCAAAGGUAAUAGACAAAGUUGAAAAAGUUGAUCAGAUGUAUGAUUUAAAGCUCAGCCCCCUGAACUACUACAAAGUGUCAGAUGAACCUCCACAGCUUAACCAGUAUGACUACAUACCAAUAUCACCUGCUGAUAAACCUGAGGAAGAUCCUGUUACCAAGCCAAGACCCACAGAGAGCUGUGAGUCAUGUGACCUAAGCAUUAACCCUACAUUGAUCUUAAACCAAACUGACACAGAGACAGUGCCACAAGCAUCUGAUGCUGUAGCUAAAAUACAGCAAUCCAAUGACCCUCUGGUUCUGCAGGAAAGCAUGAAAUUCAGUUGUUUCUCAUUUGGUCUCACUUCUGACAUCCCAAAGUCACAAUCUUCAGAUGAUAAUACAAAGAUAAGCCUGCAGGUAUUCCCUGAUCCAGAUCAGCCUGUCAAGGAUUUGUGCAUCCAAGCUGACCUACAGACAGAAGUUCCUUUAGUCAGUUUAGAUUCUCACAAGUGUUCUUUUGAAGAUAAUGCACAUUCCAAAAAAGCGGAUCCACCGCUGAUCUGUGAAAAUGAGAGAGUUCCCCUCCCACCAGAAAUAGAGCUAAAAAUAAAAGGGAGUCCAUGUUUAACAGGUCAGCAAACACAAAAAGAGACAAUACAGAAGAACUCACAGAGCAGCAAUCCAGAGAAUAAAGUGCUCUGUGAGAUUUGUUUCAUGUGUUUCAGAACUGUGCCAGGGCUAAAGAGACACAAGGCCAUGAAGCACACUGCCAGACCCGAGAAAUGCACAAAGAACUCAACAGCCAGUAAUCAGGGGACUGAAGAACCGGUGAAAAAAUUGAGAGAUGAUUCACAAAAGUGUUUCACAGCAACUAAAAAAGAAGGCCUGCCUGAGAUAAGUGACUCUCUUACCUCUAAAACAACAGAGAUGGAAUCAGCCCUGAAAAAAAUGGCAACUUCGAUGAGCAGUGUGACAGUUGAUGAGAUAAGCCAUCAAAAGCCUCUACUGCAGACAAAGGCAAAGAAGAACAACAAAGGAAGAAAGAACAAGAUCAGUGACCGGAAUGCUGACCCUUUCUCUGACGAGCUCUUGAAAAUAUUAAAAACAGACAUUCUUCAAGCCAUAACUCCUGAAUUUAAAAGCAGUGUUUUACAAGAGCAAAGCAAACACCCCGAGGAAAAAAUGUAUGAUAGAGUUGCUUCUGAAACAGAGGAGUUCCUGCACCAAGUUGCUGCAGACCUCACCUUUAAAAACACCACUCAAACCUUAACUGAAGAGCAAAAGAAAUUGAGUGAAACUGUGGCGCACAAUCAGUUUGGAGAGACAAAGAUGACAGCUAUGGCAUAUUUAGAGACUUGCACAGAAAGAAAUGUUGAAAGUGCAUUUAUAGAGAAUGAGAUUAAUGGAAGCUUUGUUGAGUCUGAUUCAAAAGCACCUGAGGACAGCCUUGCCCUAGAGAUUCUUAGAAAUGUUUCAACAGACAUGAAAUGCACCGCUGAGAAUUUAAAUUCCCUCUCUUGUCUAAAUUCCUCCCCUCCCAGUUCUCCCAGCAUUAGUUCAGACUUGAGGGCCAUACUUGAUGAUGAUACCACAUUCUCGCAGUUGUUUCCUCGAGAUGAGGAAGCCAAAAGGAAAAAGUGCUCGAGGGUGUAUGGCAAGAGAAACAAAAGACAGAAGUUAUCAAUUCCUUCAGAUGUGGCUGCAGAUAAUCUUCCCCCUGAAACUUUCAAGCAAAAUAAAGACCGAUUUGUGGAAGGCCAAAGUGGGAAGACCAUAAGUGAUCCUAAAAGUAAUCCCUGUGAAUAUGAGACCAUUUCUAUUGACGAUGCCAUCAUGCUAAACAUGUGUCACAACAGCACUUUAAAGGCUGAUGACAAGCCAGUGUCGGAUGUAAAGCAAAACAGUCAGGAGGAUAACUGUGAGCUUGGAAGCAAUCUGUUGAGUCCUUUUGAAAGUAAUGUCACAUCUACAGCUAAAUGGAGCUCUCCCAGUGGUUUCACUAGCUUUAAUUCAUGCCCAGUGGUGACAUCUGAACCCAGUGAUUGCAAACACAAGGACUCUCUGCCAGCCACUUCCUGCACAGUAGAGCCACAUGCUGGUCAGGGUCCUCAGUCCUUCCAAACCAUCGACAUUCAAAAUAUCAACACAACAUUUCAGCUUCCCGAGAUGCAGUUCCUUAACUCUGGAAUACACAUCCAAGAUUCUCCUCCUCCUGAGGCUGCAGAUGAGGAGUGCAAGGAAGAUGAGAAAUCAAAGAAAGAGACAGAGCGGCGAGGCAGAAAACGACAAGAUGGAGGGAUGAAAGUAAAAGAUAAGCAGUACAAAUGCAAAGUAUGCUUCACCUGGUUCCUCACCCUUGGAGAGCUGAACUUUCACAAGCUCUCCCACAACCCCUCCCCUCCCCCUACUUGUUACAUGUGUGUGCAGCGUAAGUUCAGUUCAAGGGAGCAGCUGAGAGACCACCUGAGGGAAAAGCAUGCCAAAAACAAGACAGGAAUCUGGACCUGCGGAAUGUGCCUGAAGGAGAUUUCAGAUGUUUGGAUGUACAAUGAACACUUAAGGGAGCAUGCCACUCAGUUUGCCAGGAGAGGUCAGACUCAAGGGUCCAUGCUUGGCAUUUCAGGUUGCUUGAUGCAAGAAACGGCUGUGAAGAACUUUAUAUCCUCAAUCAUGCAGCAGCGGCCCAGCAAAGCCAACAGAGAGUCAAGUAAAGCUUCUAAAGAACAGGAUAAAGCAGCUACAGGAGAAGGAGCUGAGACUAAAGCAAACAAAACUAAAACAAGCAGUGGAGGAGGUGGAAAACAGACCACCUUAACCCCAGUUGAGGUCCUCCACAAAACAGAAACGCCUAAGAGUGUGGAAAUGCAUCCCAACUGCAAAGACCCUUCAAGAGACUGUCAUCAUUGUGGAAAGCAGUUCCCCAAACCCUUCAAACUCCAGAGGCAUUUAGUGGUGCACAACCUGGAGAGGAUAUUUCUGUGCCACAAGUGUCCUGUUUCUUAUCAGGAGGCCCAGGAGCUCAAGGAGCAUCUGAGGAGUGCUCAUGAGGAGAUGGACGAUCUUGAUUCAAAGCACACAACCCUUUACACCUGCGAGCUCUGUGCCGAUGUCAUGCAUGUGAUUAAAAAGUCUUUCAUCUGCAGCACCUGCAACUACACGUUCUCAAAAAAAGAGCAGUUUGACCGUCACAUGGAAAAGCACCUUUCAGGGAGUAAUAAAAUCUUCAAAUUCAGGGGCGUCCUCAGACCUGUCAAAGUAUCUGCAUCCAAAGAAAGUGAAUGUGAUUCACCUGCGAGUAAGAAGAAGAGGCUUCUCUCUGACAGCCUGCCAGAGAACAGCUCAGACAGUGGCAUUGCAAGUUUGAGCUCAAUUCACUUAAAUCAGAAUGCCGACACACAGUCUUCAAACCCCUGUGUGCCCACAGCUGAUGACGCUACACAAACCAUCCCAAAUGAAUACCAGGACGACUCAAGCAACGCAAAUGUGAAAACGGAGGACAUUACUGCAGACUGCUCUCAGAUGCUUAAAGACUUGGAGAACUGUAUUCACCUGAGUUCCUCUGGAUCUACAGCAGCCAAGGAAGAGGAACCUAAUGUGACUCUGUUACCUAACCUCGAUAAAGAGGGCAAUGAAAAAACAAUAACUGAAUCAUGUGAUGUCAAAGAAGAGAAUGAGUUAGUCUGCAUAAGAACAGAGGCAAAUUCAUGUACUGUAUAUAAUGGAAACACAAUGGAAGAGGAGGUAGUUAAAGAUAAAACAGAUUUGCCUCCAGCAGUUUUUGAGAACUCUUUUGUCUGCUCAACAGAAAAUCAAAAUUUUCUGCAGACACCUGAGUCUGUAGAAUUAGCUGUUGAUGAGACAACCCAGCAGGGGAAUGAUGAGCAGAGGGAUAGCACAUUGUCUUGUAAUGACACUAAACAGCAGGCCUUAUCUCAUGGUGCUGAACAAGAAAGUUGCAGUCAGAUUAAAAAUAAUGCUGCCCCAGCUACACCUCUAGAAAACACUAAAAUCAGCACUGGAAGUAGCUGUGCAAAGGCAAUGGAAGCAACACCAUCUCCUCAGUCGAAGCUUCCUAUUCAAGCACUGUCUGCGUCUGAUGACAAGGAAUUUGUGAAACUACAGAAGAGAAGAAAGGACAUGAAAUCUGCACAUAUGCUGCAGAGGGUUUCCUCCCUGGUCACCCAAGAGAACUUCACUGUUGAUUCUAAGCCUAAAAAGAAAUUUCGUCCGAGCAAAUGUGCAAAUCCCUCGCUGCAAAGAAGAUCGGAGGGAGCAAACGAGUAUCCUGUCCUCUCCUCUGUUCGCGAUGAUGUUGUUGGCAACAAAAUUAUUUCCAAGUGCAAGAAUGUAAACUUGAGCUUACAAGCAAGAAAAGGUUUGCUUGAAAGCUGUGUACCAAAGAAACCUGACAUCAUUACACCUCAAAAUGGGGAGUAUAAAGCCAAAAGGGGACCUCUUGGGAGAUCUGGGCACUCUCCUGUAUCAAAAGUGCCUACAGUACCAAUAAACAAUUCUUUAAACAAGCUUAGGCCAAAGAUGGGUGUAAGAACAUUGGAGAGUAACUCCUACCGUACGGCAGAGUCCCAGAACCACAUUCUGAGUCAGCUGUUUGGUCAAAAACUUACCAGCUUUAAGAUUCCCUUGAGGAAGGACACAUCAGAAUCUAUAAACUGAGGGGUGGGAAGAGUUGUGAAUAAGAGUCUGUAAUUUUUCACAGUUAUACAUGUUUAAGACAACUCAUUAUGGUGAAACAGAUUGCACAGCUGUUUUCUGUGAAAUGCUAUCGAUAAAUACUUCCAUAGUCACUUUAUGUCUUCUUAUGUGCGUGUUUUUUUAUUACACAAAUGUGAGGACUAAUGGCAGAUAUGAACUUAGUCCUUCAGUUGGGGCUUAAACAUCACUUAAAUAAAUGUGUUUUUAUAUAAAAGUAUACUUGAAAAAAAAUAAAAUUACGUUGUUUUAAGAAAGGAUUCUCCAUUUUUGCAGGAGUUACAUGAUUCUUUUAGUCUAUUUUGCUAAAGGACCAAAUCGUGCAGUACCUUACUUGGACAUUUGUGCACCUUGAACACAUUCUUCCAACCUAUUCUUUUGUAUUGUUUUUACACUUUACUGUAAUGCGUUGACAUUCAUUAUUAUAAGGCUUUGUAUAAACAACUUGGUGCUACAUGUUGUAAUGUGAAAGCUGACAUCCUCAGACAGUAGGAGAUCUGUAGCAGUCAAAGCAUAUACAUCCAACUGUUUUUUACUUUUUUGAAUAUACUGUAUAAACCAAGUCAUUCAUAUGUAGGCUAAUCAAUCUCCAAAAAAUUACAGUAACUUUUGGUAUACACAUAAACUCAGGUGCUUACAGGGACAUCACAGUCCCAGGACCUGUAUUUGGAGUAUUUUCCAUGCACUGAUGAUACCACACACAAAUGACAAACUCAUUUAUCUGUGUCUGUAACUCCAAAUGUUUAAUUAUUAAUAGUAUUUACUAAGACAAAAAAAGGUGCUUUAUCUUGUUUAUACUGUAUGUAUCUUCAUUGUAUAGUAUUGUUGGUAGGACAUUGUUUGGUGUAAUGCUUCAGGACAAAGUUUUAUUUUAAUAAUGUGCAAAAUGAAUGACGUUGAAAAGAAAGGAAAACUGCCUCUUGCAGGUUGUAAAGUGGUUCACAAAGUGCCGGUUUUACAGUUUGUUAUUAAAGAUCUGUAUUGGUCUCUUA